UGUCUUGCGUCAUAGGUCACAUGACCCGGAAAAUGUGGUCUUUAAUUCCUGUGCUGGAUUGCUCCCAGCUGUUGAGACGCUGCCCUUCGCGGUGCAAACUCUCCACGUUCCCCGUCUGCACCCCCGAGCCACGGGCGGACUCCCUCCAGUGCACCAUGUUGGACGAAGCCUUUGUGACGUUGGCCACUAACGAUAACUACGCCAGAGGAGCCAUGGUUCUCGGCCAGUCGUUACGAGAACACCACACCACCAAGAAGCUGGUCGUCCUCAUCGGACCACAUGUGGCAGAACCUUGCAGAGAAGUGUUGCGUUCCAUCUUUGAUGAGGUGCGCCUGGUGGACGUCUUAGACUCUGGUGAUACGGCCCACCUGGCCCUGAUGAAGAGACCCGACUUGGGAGUCACUCUGACCAAACUGCACUGCUGGACGCUCGCACAAUACACAAAGUGUGUGUUCAUGGAUGCCGACACACUGGCACUCGCCAACAUUGACGAGCUCUUUGAGCGAGAGGAGCUAUCAGCCGCGCCCGAUCCCGGUUGGCCGGACUGUUUCAACUCGGGGGUGUUUGUCUUCCGGCCGUCCAAGGAGACACACGAGAAGCUACUGGCGUUCUGCGACGAGAACGGCAGCUUUGACGGUGGAGAUCAAGGGGUGCUCAACAGUUUCUUCAGUACGUGGGCCACCGCUGACAUUUCCAAGCACCUCCCCUUUAUCUACAAUGUCAGCAGCAGCGCCGUCUACUCCUACCUGCCUGCUGUUAAACACUUUGGUCGUGACACCAAGGUGGUCCACUUCCUGGGCAAGACCAAGCCUUGGAACUACACGUACGACGCCCAGAGCGGCGAGGUGACGGACCGCUCCGAGGCUCCGGACUCGAGCUGCCUGCAGCCGAACUUCCUGCAGGCGUGGUGGCAGCUGUACGGCGCCGCGGUGAUGCCGUUGCUGCAGCAGGCCUACGGGGACGCACCGUUUGACAGCGGCUUUGUGGAGGCCGGAGAGGAUGACAAGCUCGGGGAGGACAAAGGAGAGCAGCCGUCCGCCACCGCCUCCUCAGCAGCUGGAGCCUCCGACAUGCCUGUCCCCCGCCAGAUCUCCUCUGAGGAGAGGAAGCAGCGCUGGGAAGCGGGCGAGAUCGACUACAUGGGCGACGACUCCUUCGUCAACAUCGAGCGCAAACUGGACGCCUUCCUCAAGUAGCGGCAGGGCAGGCCCUGAAUGGACAGAGAGGCCUUUUCAGGGAUGGACCCCCCCCAACCCCCUGUGGCUCAUCACUGAAGAUUAAUUAGAAGGUUGGCCUUCCCGGUGUCUUUGAGCCUCACUAAUUGCACCUUGUGUGUGUGUGUGUGUGUGUGUGUGUGAGAGAGAGAGAGAGAGAUGUAUAUGUGUCUUAGGCAAAAUAAACACUGUUAACUGAAAUGAUUUAGCAUUAGCAUCUUGGCAUAAGCACUGGAUACAGUAGGAAGGUUGAUAAAGGUCACUCAUACUGAACGGGCUUGCAGAAGAGGAGGGGAGCGGGGGUCAUGUAUGCUGAGUUUGUUCUUGGCGCGGUGUGCUGUGCUAGUUUUUGGCUGGUUGUCUGGCAACUGCUCAGAAGGGGGAUAAGUUCAGGACAGAAGGGGCAGGGGAGGUUUGGAAAGUUACGAAUGGCAUGCAUCCUUGUGUAAGUGUUUUGGGUUCCUCAGUCUUCCGAAAAGGUCAUCCGGCACACCUGCACGCCAAAACGGUAGCACAACUGUUUUCUCUUUGUUUUUACGUGUAAAUGUGCCCCCUUUCCUUUGCGCUUUUGACGUCCUGUUCCAUCUCGUGUGUCUUAUGGGCGUCGUUUUGCGUUAAACACGGCAGCACAGUCCCACCCCCACUCGUCCUCCGAUGCAUGAACGUCCUCUCCCCUCUGGCGUCCGCUUUUGUGUCACGUCCCGUGUUGCACUUCCUGUCCCAACCAGCUGCCUUAUAUUGCCGUAUUUACUGUUUACAACACCUCACUCGACAUAACCGCCACUUGAUGCACUCCACGCUCGCGAGGUCCAAGGGAAAGUCUUCAACUUUCUGAUCUUGUCUGUGUGCUUAAAACCUCCCUAAAAAGAAAGUGUACAAGUGGAUCAUUGUACGGCAAAUCCUUGUUGCGGGUAAUAAAGAACCACGAACAAAACAAAUGUUUUGU